CUGGCCUGGCCUGGCUCCCCAUUAGUAUAUUCAUUCUCCUCCUACUAUAUUAUAUCUCUGGCAACUGGCCGCCUUAUUUUUGCGGGUUCUGGAAAUGAAAUCCCAGAUGUUGAAACGCCACUGCCAAAGUUUCAUGUUUCUGGCCGCACUACUUCCUGUUUGUCUGGAACUCAUCGGUCACCAUACUGCUUCGGCAGAGAUCAAAGAAAACACUUACAUUGUUCUAAUGGACACCUCACACAGUUCCUCCCGGUUUGAAGAAGACCAUCUUGGUUGGUACGAUUCCACCCUCCAAUCUGUUUCUGAAACUGGGGGUAGUAAGAAGCUUAUUAUGUAUGCCUACAAGAAUGCAAUCUCUGGAUUCGCGACUAGAUUAACGUCGCGGGAAGCUAUGGCCCUGAGACAGCGGCCGGAGGUACUCGGCGUGCAGCUGGAAACCAAGUACGACCUUCAUACCACCCGUACACCGUUGUUCUUGGGCAUCGACAAGAGCACAUACUUUUCCGUCGCGCCGCCGACUAAUCUGAAGAUGAGUGAUGUAGUGAUUGGGGUUUUGGACACAGGGGUAUGGCCCAAGAGUGCGAGUUUCAAUGACACUGAAUUUGGGCCGGUUCCAAAGACAUGGAAUGGAACGUGUGAAACGGGCAGGGAUUUCAACUGCAAUAAAAAGCUGAUCGGCGCGAUGUCCUUCCACAAAGGCUACAAAGCCGCACUAGCUACGACUAACCAGCCGAUGGAAGAGUUGAUGUCGCCGCGAGACUUCGACGGCCAUGGCACCCACACGGCUUCAACCGCUGCCGGAUCUCUAGUUUACGGUGCGAGCCUUUUCGAUUUCGCUGCCGGAACUGCUCGUGGAAUGGCCCCGAAGGCUCGACUGGCAGUGUACAAAGUCUGCUGGCUGGAAGGUUGUUUCGACUCCGACGUACUGGCGGGCAUGGAACAGGCAAUUCAAGACAAAGUCAACAUCCUUUCAUUGUCCAUCGGCGGAGCCAUGAAAUCGUACGACAAAGAUGUGAUUGCCACCGGAGCUUUCGCUGCGAUGGAGAGGGGAAUCUUUGUCUCAUGCUCCGCCGGAAACAGUGGCCCUGCAUACUUCACCGUGUCCAACCUUGCACCUUGGAUUACAACCGUUGGUGCCGGGACUCUGGACCGCGAUUUUCCGGCGUCAGUGAGUCUAGGAAACGGGGAGACCUUCACCGGUGCUUCACUGUAUAAUGGCCCGUCACUGCCUAAAAAGAUGCUCCCGUUUAUCUACGGCGGGAACGCCACCAUAUCCAUCAAAAACUCCACCGCAGGGACACUGUGUAUGGAGGGCAGUUUGGAUGCGAAGAAGGUGGCGGGCAAAAUUGUACUUUGCGACCGCGGAGGAAAUUCUAGGGUUGCAAAGGGUGCAGCGGUAAAAAAAGCCGGUGGCAUUGGUAUGGUGUUGGCAAACACCGCCGAAAAUGGGGAAGAACUGGUGGCGGACGCCCACUUGGUUGCAGCCACGGCGGUUGGUGAAAAAGACGGCGACAAAAUCAGGAAUUACUUGAUGUCGAACUCUAAUAAUGCAACGGCCACUAUCGCCAUCGAGGGAACAAAAGUGGGAAUAGAAGUUAAAGAACCAUUCCCUGUAGUGGCGGCGUUCAGUUCGCGGGGCCCGAACCCAUUGACUCCUCAAAUACUUAAACCGGAUAUCAUCGCGCCCGGAGUCAACAUCUUAGCCGGGUGGACCGGUUCGGUGGGUCCAACAGGGUUACAGGAUGACACCAGAAAGACAGAUUUCAACAUCAUUUCUGGCACCUCGAUGUCCUGCCCUCACGUGAGUGGCUUAGCGGCCGUGCUUAAAGGGGUCCACCCGACCUGGAGCCCCGCCGCAAUCCGCUCGGCACUCAUGACCACCGCUUACAGCAACUACAAGAGCGGCAGGCCGCUGAUCGAUGCGGCGACGAGGAAGGCGGCAACUCCUUUUGAUUUCGGGGCGGGUCACGUUGAACCGGCAUCGGCUAUUGACCCAGGUCUGGUGUACGACAUUGACGUCAAAGAUUACCUUGAUUUCUUGUGUGCAUCGGGAUACACGCAGUCUCAAAUCAUCACUCUGAUCAAAAGAAACUUCAAUUGCCCACCGGGCAAGAAGUUCAGCGUCACAGAUCUGAACUACCCUUCCUUCGCUGUUUGGUAUAAUCGCACAACCGGAAAGGGCGGCGGAAGCUACACGAGAACACUCACCAACGUCGCGGCAGAACCCGGAACGUACAAUUACAAAGUCCCUGUUAAGGUAGAUAACAGCAGUUUGGUCAAUGUGUCGGUGCAACCGGAUACCCUCUUGUUCAGUCAGAUAAACGAGAAGAAAACGUACAAAGUAACUUUCAGUGCUUCAGCAAACGGGUAUCCGGACACGGGCAUCAUGUCCGGGAGACUCGCAUGGACUGCUGGGAAGUAUAUUGUGGGAAGUCCCUUGGCCAUUUUAUGGACUACCUGAAUCACUUAGCUUCCCACCAUGCAUAACAUACGCUCGCAUUUCAAUUUUGAUGUACGCAUGUGUGCUAUACUUAUAUCGUUAUAAUUUGUACUCUGUAUUUCUUUCAAUAUCGUGUUAUACCAUGCAUAACAUACCCUCGC